GGCAGAGCGUCGGCUCAGCUGAAAAUUGGGGCCGAUAUUUGCUGCAUUCAAGCUCAAAGACAAUGUCUCCGUUCUUUGCUGCCAUAUUUUUGCUUGGCCUGUGCGUGGCCAACGCCGUCAACUUCACAACCGUCUACGAAUGGGAUAAAUUCGAUUUCGUCUGGCCGUCAGGACCGGAAAGCUCAAUCGGACAGAUGAAACAAAAUUUCAAUCCAUUGGAGGUUGAAAUUCGAUUCUUGGCUGCUUAUGAAGGAAGGCUCUUUCUAAGCCUUGACGAUACAAGUCCCGGAAUUCCCGCCACUCUGGUGUGGCUGCCAACGAGUGGCUCGGCGACUGCAUCUCCAAAACUUGCUCCUUUCCCAACCUGGGAAUUUCAUAAAAAAGACAACUGCAAUUCUAUUCAGGUGGCCAAUGGAAUGGAAACGGACCCUGAUGGUCGGUUGUGGGUGGUUGAUCAAGGAAACAGCAAAUGUCCGAGCAAAAUUUGGAUAUUCGACCUGGUCAACAACGACACAACCGAGCGCGUUCACCAAUUCCCGGACAAAGUCUUCUCUCAUUCAUAUUCAAAAGGGUGGCUGCAUGAUAUAGUGCUGGACAAAACGCCAGACGACUACCUUGCGUACAUCACAGACGCCAUGUCUGAGAACAUCGUAGUUUACAGCCGUAAAACGGACAAAUCCUGGACAGUUAAAACACCAGGCAGAAAAUGGUAUUCCUUGGCCCUCUCUGCUAACAGGGAAGCGAGACAGUUGUACCUGGGAAGAUUUAAAUCCAAAGAAAUGUACUCGGUGUCUGUGUCUGAGCUGAAGAAAGAAGACGGAAGCGCUGCUGUCAAAUUAAUCGGCGAGUGGACUGGAAACCCUUACAGAAUGCUAUUCGACAGCGCCAAUGUCUUGUAUGCCGCCUCUUCAUACAAGGAUUACCUAUCCAAAUCGAAUAUUUCGGAGCCCUUUCGUGAGCAGAGGUUACACGAGGUCGGAGAUCUGGAAUCUGGUAGGCCGUUUACUUUUGCCUUGGACACGAACGGCACUUUAUGGAUGACGGAGAGAAAUGAAACUGAGGAUUGGUCUAAGGCUAGGCAUAAACUACUCAAGGCUGCAGUCGGCGCAGGAUCGUACCUAUUCGGCACGCCCACGGACUUACCUUUGCGUGGCUGACCCUGAGGAUGGGCAGAAUGCAAACCUCUUUCAGGCACAUUUCGAUGGACUACUGCGCGUUUCCUGGACAGCCAAUGGUUUUCUAAUAUAAAAUAAAGUGUGUUGCAAUUUUAUUCUGGGUUAAUUAAAAA